AUGGGGAUUCUGGGCUUCUUCCUCCACCAGCGGAGCCUCUGGAUGUGUGACGACGGUCUUCAGCAGAUGCACAGACGCAGCAGCAGCCUGAGUGUCAAUGCUCCUACUUAUUCUAAGAUGAAGUUAUGGAAGUGCGCCGCCAUCGCCUUGACUCUCUGUGGAGCAGCACUGUCCCUCUUCCUCACUCGAAUCAUGGUUCCCACGCCACCGCAUCACAUCCCCUCCUGGUACACGUCUUCGUCGCGGACGUCCUCGUCCUCCAACUCCUCUUCCUCCCUGAUCGGCGGCCGUCAUCGCAAAGCACGGUCGGCGGAAGGCGUUGGCAACAUUUUGACAGAAUUCAUGCACAUGUUCCAGAGUUUCACAGAGGGGGAGCUGAAGCAGAUGAUCGGGACUCUGGUGGAGAAGAAGGCACGGCAGGAGGCCAGGCAGAGCAAAAGGACUAAACGGGCUAAGAAAGCAUCGAAGCCAUGUUCCCUGCGGGAGGUGGAAGUGACUGUCAGUGAGCUGGGUCUGGGCUACCACAGUGAUGAAUCGCUGCUCUUCAGGUACUGCAGCGGGAACUGUAAAGCUAGCCGACGCAACUACGACGUCAUACUGAAGAAAUGGACGAGGAAAGGCAUCUCGAAGAGGGAGAGGAGCCCGUGCUGCCGGCCCAAGGAGUACGAUGACAUUUCCUUCCUGGACAACAAUAACAGAUACAAGACGCUCCACAACUUUUCUGCUCUGGCCUGUGGCUGUGUAUAA